UUGUCUGUUGCUGGGGUGCGACCCGGCUAUCGUUUCUGUAGAAAGCACUUUCACUGAGUAGAGAUUUUCAUGUGUAUUAAAUUGCAGUUGUUGGUAUUUGACUUGAAAAAAUAUACUUCCCCGCACUCACUUCAUGGAAAUAUCCAAAUGGAAGGUGCAAAAGUGGUGUUGAAAAUUUAAAACUUCCCGUGUAUUGACUCUGUAUGUGACAAAUUACGAUAAAAAUUAAUCUUCCGGACUCUUGGUAAUGAAGAGACGAGCUUGGAAAAACUAGUGGUGUGAAUACAGAAAAGUACAAAAGUUAUAAAUGUUGUGUUUGAGGAAUAUUUGCAAUAUUUCUCCAGAAACUUUUGCCAUUAACUCCACUUGAGAGGUGUGAAAAUUAAUGAAAAUUUAAUUAUUGUAGAAUGAUACAGCAACAGGACUGUACGGAAUGCUUGUGGUGGUGUCUAUAUGCAUAUUAUAACAAUCUGUAACGUUGGGAAUAAUAAUCUCUCUGGCAAAUUUACAUAAAUAAAUUUACUGAGAGGUGCUUGCUGUGUGGUCAGUAGUUAAUACAUUGAAGGCAAGCGUGGCGGGCCAGCAGAUUUUGCGUCUAGGCUCCUGGGGCCUGUGCCAUGCACGCCAGCACAACAACAGACCGGGGCGGGGGUGGCGGUGGCGGAUCAUGGCGUUUACCUCCCGACGAAACUCUGCAAGUUCAGGAUCCCAAGUCCAAAGAAGAGGAUCUGGCAUACACUCAAGAGGGUCACAACUGGAGAAGCAUAAUAUUUUCACUUCUUGUAAUUGGAUUCGUAAUAACAGGCAUUAUAACAGCAAUUUACCUUUUAGGAUACGUAGACGAAUUGCUGUACUGGUCGGGGAGACGUAUGAUAUUAGAUGAAUAUAUACAGGGCGACUUGGCGCCAAAUCGAUUGACACCCACUUGGGUGACUCGUAGUAAGUUCGUUUUUCAAUCUGAUGAUGGGGGCCUUGCUGUUCUGGACACUGCCAAUGAUUCAGUUACAACACUAGUUACAAAUCAUACGCUGAGGCAAUUAAAUGUUAAGGGUUAUCAAUGUACUUCAGAUCUCCGAUAUGUUUUGUUUAAACAUAAUGUGAAACAGGUGUUUCGAAGUUCAUUCACAGCUUUUUAUACCGUUUAUGACGUAACGAAUGAUCAUCACAUGCCAGUUACGUUGAAAGAUUCACCGAAAGUACAACGCACUCGUCUCCAGUUUGCAACGUGGCUGGGGAACACAACCGCCUUGGUAAUUGUCGCUGACAACGAUAUUUACCUUCGACAAUCACCCUCCGAUGAGGAGGAUAUUCGCUUGACGAACACUGGCCAGACGGACACUAUUUACAACGGUGUUCCUGAUUGGCUAUAUCAAGAGGAAAUAUUUUCCUCGCCUGAAGCUAUUUGGGGGUCAUCUGAUGGAACUCAUAUCAUGUACAUGUCAUUCAACGAUUCCAAUGUCAAUGCCAUGUCAUAUCCGUGGUUUUCUGCGGGUCCAAUAAUUGCUUCAAGCGGUGUCACGAGUGGAGGCAUUUUUCCUGAGACUCGCACUAUUCGGUAUCCAACGCCCGGCACUCAAAAUCCCGAAAUUCAGCUAUGGAUUCUCGAUGUGACCAAUAUUACGGAGAUUCAGCGAAAUCGUGUGAAACCACCGGCAGCAUUGGAAGGACAGGAAUACUACUUAACAUCUGCAGAUUGGGUUGCACCCAAUCAUCAAGUAUCUGUUGUAUGGAUAACACGUGCACAAAAUCUUAGUAUUGUUUCCGUUUGCAUUGCACCAAAUUGGACAUGCAUUGAGACACACUCUGAAAAUGCGCCGGAAAAUGAGUGGUUAGAUAUUCUGCCUCAUCCAGUAUUCUCACUCGAUGGGGAUAGUUUUCUCAUGUUGGCGGGAAUUCAGGAAACAGGCACGGAACAUUUUACUCAUAUCAAGCACGUUACAAUAACUCAACAGCGCCUUUCUGUGAUUUCACAUGGAAGAUAUGAGGUCCUCAGAAUCUUGGCAUGGGACAUGGUGAAUCACUUGGUUUACUAUUUAGGUACACAGGAUAAGAAGCCUGGUCAGAAGCACCUCUAUGUGGUGAAGGAUCCAGUGAAUGAGGAUGUUCGGAGAUCCGAACCACAUUGUAUCACUUGCGACCUGGGAGAAGUGCUGUGGAGUAGUCGAUACUAUUAUAGUAAUUGUACCCACUUUGAAGUUCAUAUGAGCCCAACUACUUCCAUUUCAUCAGAUGUAGGAAUUGAAUAUUAUAUCUUGGAGUGCCUCGGUCCAGGACUUCCGCUAUCAGGAGUCCAUUCAGCGGAGACUCAUCGUCUUGUUCGCAUUCUAUAUGAUACUCGACCUUAUCACACAGAGAGACUGCAACAGCUCGCUCUUCCCACCAGUCGUUCCUAUGAAAUACCCCUGUUGCACGGUACGCGGGCACAGGUGCAAAUCCUCCUACCGCCCAGUUGGCGAGAGGAGCUCCGGGAUGCAGCAUUUCCUGUGCUCGUUGAAGUUAAUGGACGGCCUGGCUCACUCACUGUAUCUGAUAAGUUUAGAAUUGAUUGGGGCACUUACAUGUCCAGCCGCAACGAUGUAGUGUACAUUCGAUUGGAUGUGCGCGGCUCCAAGGGCCAGAGCAAAUCAGCCCUGUUUCGGCGAUUGGGCGGCGUUGAAGUGCAGGAUCAACUGUCUGUUCUCAAAUAUUUGCUGGGAACGCUGAAAUUCCUCGAUGAGACUCGCGUGGGAGUUUGGGGAUGGGGCUAUGGCGGAUAUGUGACGUCGAUGCUGAUGGGGUCGCAGCAGAAUGUGUUUAAAUGCGGAAUAGCGGUUUCUCCCAUCACCGAUUGGCUCUAUUACAAUUCUGCAUUUACGGAAAAGAUUCUCGGGCCGCCGGCGGAAAAUUACAAGAACUACGUGGAAGCGGAUGCUACUCAGAGAGCUCGCCAUAUUCCAUCUUACUCGUUCUUCCUUCUACACGGUUUGGCCGAUAACACGGCACCGUACUUGCAUGGGGUUCAGCUGGCUAGAGCACUAACGGAAGCUGGGGUUCUCUUCCGAUAUCAAAGUUACGCGGACGAGGGACACGAAUUGACAGGAGUUGCUGAGCAUGUCUACCGUUCCAUGGAGGAAUACCUGAGAGACUGUCUGAUCCUGGAUCCGGACGAUUCGAAGCCGAAGAAGACUAACGAGUGAUUGACAUGAAAAGUUGAUACGAUGGAAAUGAGAAUGCGAAAAUAAUCAACUUGAAAUCAAAAUACUGAAAAUUGUAUAUCAAAAUGCAACAUUCAUAGCGUCAAAAUGUAAAAUAGUAAUAAUCCAGGCAAGCCUUAAAGCUUCAGAGAUUGAGUAUACUAUACAAGCUGUACUCUACAAUCGGUACUCAUACAUACGUCCUUCCAUGGUCGAAGGCGACAGAUGGUAGUGCUAAAUAUAAACACUGGCAGUGACAUAGAGAAAUAAUAUAAGUACAUUGAGAGGCACGAAAAAGAUAUUGAAAGUGAAAUAUGUUUAAAAUGUUAACAAUUAAAGUGCUUUAAACAGUCACACGUACUUAUAAAAAUAUCGAACUAUAAAGUUAUGGUGAAACUUCCAGAUUUUUUUUCCUGAUUCUCCAUUCAAGAUAUGGUAUUAGGAUUACUAGAGAGCGUAGAAUAUGUAUGUAAUUCUUUUAGCCAUACGGUAGACGCCAAAUAAUUUUUAUUGCUAUGUAGCAAUACAAUGUUGUAUAGAUAACGAAGACAAGAGUGAAUAUUAUAGCAACUAACUAAACCAUGUAAUUGUCAAUUAAUUUAGCAUUCUGUUGAAUUUUUAUAAAAUGAAGUGAAUAUAAUUAGAUAGUAUAUGAAAUUAAUUGAUUUUGUGAAUCGAACGAAAACAUCAGAAGAUAUGCUUUUCGAGCAGUAGGAGAAUUUAUGUUUAUUCGUUUCGAAAAUUCUCGUUGACAAGUAUAUAAAUUCUAUUCACAGAAAAUAUCCCUAUUUUGGAGAUGACAAAAAGGUGUAAAGAACAUUAAAAAAAAAUGAAAUUAAUUAAAGUAUGGUUGUGAAUAUAGUCAAAAAGUGUAAAGUUGAAAUUAUGUUAUAGAAUAAUGAAAUGAAUUAUUAAGCUUAAGUACGUAUAAUACAUUGAACAUAUUGAGACACGAGAUUACUGUAAUUUUUUUCAUAUUCGUUCCCCCUCAAAGACUUUCGUAGUAAAAGGAAAAUCUUUAUCAGUUUGAAAUUAUAGGCAAUAAUAAAAUCCAUUGCUUCCGAAGAAAAUUAACAAUAUUUGUAUUUAUGAAAAAAAUAUUGGAAAUUGUGUAUUAAUUAUGCAUAUAAGAUGUAUUGUAGAGAAUAUAAUUUAGUCACCAAGGCAAUUCAGCGUUCUUGAAAUUGGCCAUUUGUCCUACAUCUCUCGAUAUUCUAAUUUAUAACAUAUACUUAGAGAAUAUUCAUAGGUAAAGAUGGAAUCUAUUAGAAAUAUCAAAUACUCAUUUCUCUGCCACAGCAAUAGAGUAAUAGUGUACAAAUUCAGUGAUAAACAAUUGUGAAAAUACUCAACGAUUUGUUACAAUUUGUUGUCUUCUCUACCAAAGGCCUAGGUUUUACUGAAACAUGAUUAUUUUCUUAAGUGAGAUAUUGCAAUAGUUCCUCACAUAAUUAUUUAAAAUACAAUAUAAUUACUCUAUGAGCAAUUUUAGGCAAGAAUAUAGGGAUGAUCUGAUACAUCAUCAUAGAAACGCAACCCAUCUUCUUCUAUGGGCCGCAAUAGUCUGGAAUAGGUUUAUACAUACAUAUAAAAUAAUAAUGAAGCAUUGAACUUCAAUUAUUUACACAGGAAUUUACUCAACUGCUAAGAAAAUAGUAAAGAAGAAAUACUAAAAUUAAUAUGAAAUAGAAGGAUAAUGUCAUAAAUCAAAUAUUGCCUUGUUGUUACACAGUGUAAGACAGAGUAAGAACACAAAAUAAUACUUUUGAUUUUUCUUUGUGAUAGCAAAUAAUGUCCGGAAUAAAGUUGAAUGGUGAAA